UGGGUGUAAAGACGUCGUAUAUAUGCUGUGAGCCUAUUGUUAUAUAGCCCCGUCUAUUGCAGAACUUGGAAUUACUUAGAUCACGGAAAGCUGCGCUUAAUCUGCUUGCGUGUAUAUAUGUGCGAGAAUACCAAAGGUGGGGGUCUCAGGCUAAUGCUGUACAUACAGUGUCACACAUGACGCGAAUACUUCCUGUGGUUUCGUCUGACCAGGACGUCUCGUCCGUAGAGAGCCGUUCAGUUGCAACUCUUGAGUGCUUUCGUUCGCCCGAUGAUGACUUUCGCUCUUCUUACACGUUCGUUUAUUUAUUGCAGAUAACCCAGCUGAAGAUCGACAACAACCCGUUCGCCAAGGGAUUCCGGGACACUGGCGCCGGCAAGCGGGAAAAGAAGAGACAGGCGAUGCUGCUGCAGCAGGCGCCGUCUUCCCUGCACGGGGGUUCCCAGGGGUCGUCGAUGGGCGGCCGCAUGUCGGCCACCAACCACCACCACCACGCGACGCUGGUGUCCGGCCAGGAGGACUCGAGCGACGACGACGACAAGCUGGACGUCGGCGAGGCGUCGGACCUCAGGCCGGACGGCGUGCUCGGCUCCAGCCCCGGUCGUGACUCCGAAGACCGGCGCGACGACCGCCUCGACGGCCGCUCGCCCCUCAGCAGCACCGGCUCCGUCGACCUGCACGACCGAGGCGGCAAGCUGUCCUCGAGCGCCGCGGCCUCGGGGCUGCCGCAGCCGUCGCCCUUGCUGCCGUACUUCUACCCGCCGUCGCUGUACCCGCCGGGGCUGACGCUGCCGCAGCUGUUCUUCCCGGGCGCGGCCGCGGCCGCCGCAGCGGCAGCCAACCCCGCCGCGCUCUCCUUUCUCAUGGCGGCCAACCACCCGCUGCUGAACCCGGCCGGCUACUCCGAGGUAGCCGCCAGGCUGAAGCAGCACCGCUUCUCGCCUUACGCCGUGCCGGGCAGUCCGUUCGGGGCGCCUUCGCCGCAGUCUCCGUUCCGGUUCCGGCCGGGCGGAGGCUUCCUCGACGAAGACGGCUCCCCGCCGCCCGCUCCGCGGUCGCCGCUCGAGACGGCCUUUCCGAGGCUACACCAGCGGCACCCGACGCCUCCGUCUUCGUCGACCUCGCCGCCCCCUCUCAUACCGGACUGCGGGACGUCAUCCGCCGCUCCGUCGUGCUCGAGCAAGCCCGGCACGCCCGCGAACUCGGACGACGGCUGCAACUCGUCCUCGGAGGGUUCGCCCUGCCGGAGCACCUCCGGGGGGUUCCCCUCCGGCGUCUCGCUGGCUGCCGCGUCGGUGUCGUCGACGAGGAAGCGCGCUUCGUCCCCGCUCUCCUCGCGGUCGACCUCGAGCGACCUGAGGAGCAUCGAGAACAUUGUGAACGGACUCGAGCAGCGUCGCAGGGACUCGAUGGCCGCCGCGGCCGCGGCUGCCGUAGCGGCCGCGCAGCAGGACAGCAAGGCCGGCUGCUAGUUGACAAGAUCGUGUGCAAUGCGCGUUGUGCUUAGACGCUCGGACUGUGUGCGCCUAUGCUGCACCGCUACUCUCCGUGUCGCGUUGGCUUCGCGGAGCACUCGUGGAAAGCUUCUGGUUUAGGUCUCGCCGUUACAUGUACUGGUGAAUCCCCUACCGCGUGCGUGAACGGCGUUUGAUCUGUUUGUUGGUGCUGCGACAGAAGCCAACAACGGUCUUGGACGUCGUUUUGUAACAGUGCAGGGACGUUAGAGGUUAUUUUUACGCCGUAAGGCGUAAGAAGAGAAGAAGGAAGACAGGGAAGUUCACGAUGCAUGUCAGGGCGUGUUUACGUCAAACGCUUACGUUUACGUCAUCUUGUCAAACAACAUGUAAGCGAAGCAACCGCAGGCUCCCCCAGACUUCUUCUUUUACCCGACCCUUCUUCCUCGUACCCAGCGAGGUGAUACGAACGAAAGGCAUUAUCAUUAUCCUAAUAGCGCCUCGAUGAAACUCGGUUUUAGCCAGUGAUGCUUACUGCCGCGCACACGCGAGCAUGCAUCGGGUGCUUCGCGAAGCCAGCGGGGGCGGAGUGUGCGAGUGUACAUUGUUCACGUCUGCAGGAUGUCCUGUAGAAUGUUCUCUUUGUGUUUGUAUGUCUCUGUGCGUGUGUUUGUGUGCGACGACGCACGUCCGCAAGCAUCGACGGACCGCAAAGCUUUGCUGGUCAAACUUUCUGCCCGUGUGCCGACGAUGUGCGUGAAACUGUUGCUGUGGACUCGGGACGAGUUUAUGUGCCGUAUACGUGAACGUCAUUCGUAUGUGCGCUGUGUGUUAUUAUUAUUUCUGUUUUUUGAGGCUGUUUCAACUGCUGGGAGCGCUUGUCAUCUCUCAGCUCCGCUAUGAAAGGAACGUAUGUAUACGUAACUGUAUGAUAUGAUGAUGAGGGACUCGAGCGUGGUUCGUGACUUGCCUUAAUAAGGUUUUGUUUACGAAACCGCGCGUAUACUGAACGGAAAACGGAUUUAUUGCGAGUGCGUAACUAGAAGCUGCACUUCCUUUACUCGCUCGUCGUGUCGGAGUUGGCAAGUUUGCUGACCUUGUGUUACCGGGAUAGCACAGAGCAUUACAGCGCGUAAAGGUGAGGUUGGUUGACGUAAGUGUGCUGCAAAAGCUAAAAGGGCCUCGCCGACUUGCGUGGACAGCAAUUCGAAUGACGGAAAGAAUGGUCGGUAGUCGUUGCAUUCCGCUCGCGACAAGAAUUCGGUGUUGUCCUGUUGUCCUCGCGACCAAACUCACGCCAAAUGUCUUUUCUCGGUGAAAAUUGUGAAAGAAAGCGACAUGUUUACGUUUAAAGUUCUGAAACCAUUCUUCUACACUCGGAGCAAUGCAGUCAUUGAAGCAGUUCAAUGCUAUAUUGCGCCGCAAUUUAUUUUUUUAAGGAAGAGAAGGUCUGUGGUAGUAAUUCGAAAUAAUUUGAAGCCAUUGCGACCCGUCUCUUUCGGCUGGCACUCGCAUCGCCUAAAUUCAAGAGCACGUACUGAUUAGCUAUAGAAUCAUUGUGUCUUGGUGUGCACUGACGUGCUUUUGCUUUCUCUCUUAUCUAAAGCAAAUGUCGUCAAGUUGUUGCGCGAAGCAUACGUUGCGUGACCACACAUGCGCGUCACAAGUAGGCGUGUUACCUCGAAGGCUGCGCACGUAUUUCUGAACAACAACAACAACAAAGAAAGCCGGUUGGCGAUGGUUAAGGCUUGUUGCCGCAGGUCGCGACGCUAUUUCCAGCCUCAAACCGAGAUAUCUUUUUUUUUUCUUUGCUUGUCUCCCGACAACGCUGCAAUCGAGUGAAACGAAGACGGAAGUGAGGCCUGCUAUGAGCAUUUUCUGUAAUGCUUACAACGCCAGUGUCAACAGUAUCGCUGCGACUUGUCUCCCACAGUCGAGGCCCUGAGAGAACUUAAGAAGGAACCGUGGGUACACCGCCAAUAGUUGAUAUGUACAUAGAUAUAACUAUAUAUAAAGUAUAAAUAUAUAAAUAUGUAUACAGAUAACACAAAACAGCUGCAAUAUCUGCGCAUAUGCUACAGCUGCAUGUGACGCUAGAAACUCGCCAGGCCAUGUUGUGUGCAUUUUACAACACCCUUCCAGAGCGUAUAUUUUUUUUUAUUAUUUGUAGGGAUGCGAAGAUUACAGGAACGAGAGCUAGUUUUUAAACUUGCAAUGCUGCGCAAUCUUAUCCUUGUCUUCAACUUAAUAGAAUUACCUAUGCACCCAGAACAGUGCUUCGCGUUGGCGAGAGUGUUGUAUUUAUUCCCCGAAGUUUCGCCAAUCUGAAACAGCAUGUGAUCGUCUGCGGUCGGUAUUCAGAUGCAAGCAGUAGUAUUCAGAGCAAUUCUUCGCUUACGCGUCAGCUGACCCUGUCUGGUCUUGAAUGCAUACCCGACGCGGGAGACAUUACACCGUGCAUAUAUAAAACAAAAAAAAAGGCGUCGUUGCCUUCUUCACCUGAAGCAAGCCACAAGUAUAAUUCUUUUUUUUUUUUUUUUUUGAAGAAGUCCUGACUAAAUUUCACUGCGCGCGGCAUCGCCAAAUCCGCAAUAAAGCUGUGCAACAGAAAUGAAACAAGCUCGAUGCAGAAGCGUGCUCACCUUGUCGAUUCCCAUGCAGUGUUUACGUAGCAGCGAUCACUGAAUUUUGUCCGCGCGGCGCGUGAGUCGCGUAUUCAUCCGCGCCUAAAUGUGUGGUCUCGCCGGGUGCCCGACACAGUCUACAGGUAUUUUUUUUUUUGUUUUUUUUUUAGAGGGCUGUGGAUAUAAAUACGUGUAAUGCGCUGCCGUAAAGACCAAGAUACUAUGUGGGAAAGCUGAAAGAACCUCGAAAGUGAUUUCCUUAAGCUUUGUUCGAAAAAUAUACGACGGGUGCGAAUGCGCGCUCACGUAUGGCUGUCAGCAGUGAACGCCCAUUUGUGUCUUACCAAAGACGGUUCCUUGACUGCAAGGGAUCGGAGACAUCACAAUUUCGAUUGCGUCUUCUGUGUACCUUUUAUAUAUAUUGCGCUUCCACUGACUGUUUGCAAAUGACGGACAAAAGAAACUCGUCAAGCGUGCGAUAACUAUUUAUGAGCUAGCUUUUUCUUGUCUUUCUGACCAGACGAGCUUACCCUCAGUGACAACCUAAGAAUUCACUACACAAGCUUCCGCCCAGAAAGCCGCACUACACCGCGCCUGUGUGUCUGCGCGCUCCAAAACAUAGUUCCCGAGAGACGCCGACAUCGAUCGACGUAUGCAUCCUCCAAUGUGACGUCACCGAAAUGAGCGAAUGCAAUUGGCUGGAGCAUUUACACAAAUAUUCCUUGUUUUGAAGAGCGGUUCAUUCACCGCUGCAGUCUUUGAUUUGAACUUGUCGCCGAUUAUUGUGCAGUCGACGGCAGCGUGACGUCACGGAGUGGGCGUGUGAAACGUUAUGACGUAAACGAAAUCGACUGUCGUUACGCACUCACAAGAUGCUGGGUGGAGAACAAAUGUAUAUCGAGCAGUGCAAAACGUCAUUGCUUUUCGAGACUGCGCAAUCGACGCUGUUUUGCGAACUGAUGGAAGCUUACAGAGCGCAGGAUCAGGCAAAAACACUGGAACGAAGGAACGUGUAGACAGAGCACAGUCUUGCGACUUUAUUCGCUGUAUAGCAUUCGCACAUACAGAUAGACAUUCAUGGCCUUUUCAAGAACAAGACUAACCAAAUUUGCCCUACCAAAGGACUACGAGCCGUGACACGUGACGAAGUAACGUGAAACCAACAUCACGUAGUACACCCGACUCGUGACCGUGAGUGGUCGGUCGACAUAUCAGAGAAAAAGCUUUCAUUCCGGUUAUGGCCGCGUGUACAUAUACGACGUACGUACAUAUAGGGUGUGUAAGGUGGUGUUGGUUUCACUGUUCUCCCUCCCGUGUCGCUGCUCUGUUUAUUCUUUGCGUCUGUUUGAGUUCUUGGUUUUUGCAUCGAUAAAAUAUUUCCCGAUAAGGUUGUAGCAUGCGUGCUCGUGAACAAAUUUGGAGGACAGCGCCCAGUGGACGUUUCGUUGUUCCAGUGUUCUUGUAAGAUUACGCGUUUAAAGCUAGCCAUAGAUCUCGUUCUAUAUGUAUAUUUUUUUUAUUAUCGUUGCUUAUCGGCAGUGAAGUGACAUCUGACGAAAGCUCAAAUUCUGAUGUCUCCGCUCCUUUGUUCCUUUCCUUUGCAUUCUUUUUCCCCUUUAUUUUACUUUUUAUUUUAUUUUAUUUGUAUGUGUGAGUACGCACUUUCACGUGUGUUCGUGUCACUGUGUGAGCGGGUGCAAAUCCAGGAAGGGGAAAAAAAAAACCAACAUUGCUAUGUCUCGCUCUCGCCUCCAUUGCUCCAUGCAGGAGAAAUCCGCAUCGCUGUACAUAAAUCCACCUGCAUGCGCUAUUGUUCAAAGAGGAGCGAGAAAACGAGGGACAGAACACUUCUGGAUGAGCGGAGGGAUGCGUGUCUGAACAAUAAAAUGAACUACGACUGUAUAAUGAAACCAAGAA